UAUAUAUUAGCAGCCAGAGGAGAGCUGUGAGUCUAGGAGGAGCCGCGGCAAGGUCGACGGCAGCAUCACGUCCUGAGCGACACACCUCAGAGCCCGUUCUGGCUGCGAGCAGGCGAAGGUUAGCGGGGAAAUUUGGAUUUACCGCCGCGAAGGGAUAAGCGGAAGGGUGGUGGGAACCUCUCAAAUCUGAGCAGCUGUUCGGCUGCUCCUCUUCAGGCAGAGCAGCGUGUUCUUUCCUGCUACUAGCAAAGCGCCUCCACACUUUCUUCCGAGUUUUGUCGGCCCGUAACGUGGUCGGUCAACACAUUUAGAGUUAUGUCGGACCCAUCCUCCGCGCUCUCCGCCCCGGCGGAGAAUGAUUUUCUCUCCCCAGAUGCCGGGAAGAAGCUUCCCGGUCCAACGCCCAGCCAGAGCCGCUUUCAGGUGGAUCUAGUGUCUGAAGCUGCUGGCGCUUCUGAGGAGAAAUCUCCGAUCUCCGACAGCUCCGUUGCCGAGCCAGAAGGCCCGGGGACAGGCGCGGUGGCCGGAGGAGAGGAAGCCAAAGGCCGGUUCCGAGUUGUGAACUUCGCGGAUCCGAGUGGAGCUGGAGGCGCGGCCUCUCCCGAGGCUGCACCGCCGGAUGGAUUACAGAACGGGGACACAGUAAUGAGCGAGACUAGCCUGCACUCAUCCACCGGGGGCCAGCAUCACUAUCACUAUGACACUCACACCAACACCUACUACCUGAGGACAUUUGGGCACAACACCAUUGAUGCAGUGCCCAAGAUCGAUUUCUACCGGCAGACGGCGGCGCCGCUGGGGGAGAAACUGGUCAGACCCACCCUGUCGGAGCUCCAUGACGAGCUGGACAAGGAGCCGUUUGAGGAUGGCUUCGCUAACGGGGAUGAGCUGACACCGGCUGAGGAGGCUGCAGCCAAAGAGGCAGCUGAGCCCAAAGGAGUGGUCAAGUUCGGCUGGAUUAAAGGGGUUCUGGUCCGCUGCAUGUUGAACAUUUGGGGUGUGAUGCUCUUCAUCCGCAUGACGUGGAUUGUUGGACAGGCUGGAAUUGCUUAUGCCUGUUUGAUUGUCUGCAUGGCCACUGUGGUGACAACCAUCACUGGCCUCUCCACCUCGGCCAUCGCCACCAAUGGGUUUGUACGAGGAGGAGGAGCGUAUUACUUGAUUUCGAGAAGUUUGGGUCCAGAGUUUGGAGGGUCCAUCGGACUGAUCUUUGCCUUUGCCAAUGCGGUGGCUGUAGCCAUGUAUGUGGUUGGGUUUGCUGAAACCGUUGUUGAACUUCUCAAUGGAGCGGGUGCCAUCAUGACGGAUGAAAUCAACGAUGUCCGAAUCAUUGGCACCAUCACGGUGAUCCUUCUCCUGGGAAUCUCCGUGGCAGGAAUGGAAUGGGAGGCAAAGGCCCAGAUCUUCCUGCUCGUUGUCUUGGUCACAGCCAUCAUAAACUACUUCAUUGGAUCCUUCAUUUCUAUGAAAUCAAAGGAAUCGAUGGGCUUUUUUGGCUAUGAUGGAAGGAUCAUGUGGGAGAAUAUGGGUCCGGACUUUCGAGGAGAGACGUUCUUCUCUGUGUUUUCCAUCUUCUUUCCUGCAGCCACCGGUAUUUUAGCUGGUGCCAACAUUUCAGGGGACCUUGCUGACCCCCAGAAGGCCAUUCCCAAAGGAACCCUUCUAGCCAUAUUGAUAACGGGGAUUGUCUACCUGGGAGUGGCCGUCUCUACAGGCUCCUGCAUCGUGAGAGAUGCCAGUGGAAACGUUAAUGACACAUUCAGUGCCCACUCCCCAGCAAACUGCACCGGCGCUGCCUGCGAAUUACUCUACGACUUCUCUACCUGCAAGAAUGACAAAGAUGGCUGCCGCUACGGGCUCCACAAUGACUUUCAGGUGAUGAGCUUGGUUUCUGGGUUUUCACCCAUCAUCUCAGCUGGAAUCUUCUCUGCUACUCUGUCCUCGGCUCUAGCCUCUUUAGUGAGUGCACCCAAAGUUUUCCAGGCUUUAUGUAAAGACAACAUCUACCCCGGCAUUGGAAUAUUCGCCAAAGGCUACGGGAAAAACAACGAGCCAAUCCGAGGAUACAUUCUGACCUUUGGAAUUGCUCUGGCCUUCAUCCUCAUCGCUGAGUUGAACACAAUUGCACCAAUCAUCUCCAACUUUUUCUUGGCAUCCUACGCCCUCAUCAACUUCUCCGUGUUCCACGCGUCACUGGCCAACUCUCCAGGCUGGCGUCCCAGUUUUAAGUACUACAACAUGUGGGUGUCCCUGGCUGGAGCCGUACUGUGCUGUGGGGUGAUGUUUGUGAUCAACUGGGCAGCUGCACUCCUCACCAACGUCAUCGUCAUGGCGCUCUACAUCUACGUGAGCCACAAGAAGCCUGAUGUGAACUGGGGUUCGUCGACACAGGCGCUGACCUACCAGCAGGCUCUGACCCACACUCUGCACCUCAGUGGAGUGGAGGACCACAUCAAGAACUUCAGGCCCCAAUGUUUGGUGAUGACUGGUUACCCCAACUCUCGACCGGCCCUUCUGGAUCUGGUCCACUCCUUCACUAAAAACGUCGGCCUGAUGAUCUGUGGUCAUGUUCGCACGGGAUACAGGAAGCCUAACUUCAAAGACCUGGCCAUAGACCAGACCCGGUACCAGCGCUGGCUGAUGAAGAAUGAGACCAAGGCUUUCUAUACACCGGUGUUUGCUGAGGACCUGAGACAGGGCUCUCUGUAUCUGCUCCAGGCUGCUGGAUUGGGUCGCCUCAGACCAAACACGCUGGUGCUGGGCUUCAAGAACGACUGGAGAGACGGAGACAUGAUGAAUGUGGAGACCUACAUCAACAUGAUCCAAUGACGAUGAUGAUGGCAAAGCUACAACUCGGCCCCUGUUGAAAAAAGACAAGAAGAGUCCGACCGUAUCUCUGAACGUGACUGACCAGAGGCUGCUGGAGGCCAGCCAGCAGUUCCAGCAGAAACAGGGGAAAGGCACCGUGGACGUCUGGUGGUUAUUUGAUGAUGGAGGUCUGACCCUGCUGAUCCCCUACCUCCUGACCAACAAGAAGCGGUGGAAGGACUGCAAGAUCCGCGUCUUCAUCGGAGGCAAAAUCAACAGGAUUGAUCACGACCGUCGAGCGAUGGCGACUCUCCUCAGCAAGUUCAGGAUAGACUUCUCAGACAUCACUGUGCUGGGGGACAUCAACACCAAGCCCAAGAAGGAGCACGUGGUGGCGUUUGAGGAGAUGGUCGAGCCGUACCGGCUGAAGGAAGACAACAUGGAGCUGGAGGCAGCUGAGAGGCUGAAGAACAGUGAACCAUGGAGGAUCACUGAUAACGAGCUGGAGCUGUACCGGGCCAAGACCAGCCGCCAGAUCAGACUCAACGAGCUGCUGAAGGAGCACUCCAGCACCGCCAACCUCAUCGUCAUAAGCCUGCCUUUGGCCCGCAAGGGCGCGGUGUCCAGCGCUCUCUAUAUGGCCUGGCUGGAGGUUCUGUCCAAAGACCUCCCACCCAUCCUCCUAGUGCGAGGCAACCACCAGAGCGUUCUUACCUUCUACUCCUAAAGUCCCCUGACCGGGAAGGAGAUCCGUGUUUUAGGCCUCACAUCCACCUCUGGCUCUGGAAGCAGAGUCCCACACAAGUCCCAGUUAAGAGUCCAAACAUAAUGGUGCACCACGACACUCCAAAGACUGUAGCGCUCUGACGGAAACACUGCUGGUUGUGAAGAGACUGGUUUUGGUGGAGAUGUGAUGGAGGAAUGUCUGGGAGCUGGUUGGAAGGUGGCCCACUCGGAUCCUUUUUGUUCCGUUUCAGUUCAGAGCGUCUGGGUUUUUCUGCUGUAGCUCCAGGUUCUUCUCAUUUCCUCAUGAGUUUGGACUGGCCUCCCUCAGACUCCCGACUCCAACGGCCCUCCGGCUCUGGCGGUCUGGCGGGAGUGUUCCAGUUCUUUGGGCUGGUUGUGUUUGCUGAAGCAAUAAAUCACCCUGCUGUUUAGUUUAGACGUGUAGAAGCUUUGCAUCACCUCCUAAAGCCUUACGGAUGUGCCUUCCAGUCGGAUCGGAUCAAACGAUCGGUGAAACUUUUACUGAGUUUUUAUUGGGUGUGGAGGUCUGAUCAACCUUCUCUGUCAUUUAUUUAUAUUGUAGUCUCUAGGUUGAUUCGGGGUUGUAGCUUUUAGUUUAGCUCCUUUAGUCUUCCUUUAUGAAGUCGUUCCAGGAAAACCUCUGUCACCGACAGGCUCGACGCUUCAAGCACUUCUCAGAGUCGCAGAUAGAUGAAUGUGGUGUUGGUUCCUGAGAGGUUCCUUCAUGUAGCUGCUGAUCUGAGUCCACGCCACCUGUUCCCUUUUAGAGACUGCUCCAUCCAACAAGCUGAUGAAACUGCGCCUUAAUCAAAAGUCCAGACGAUUGUUCCCCUGAAGCCAUGUUGUCCCAUGUUCCUGUAAAGGCAUCUCCAUGUUCCUGCCAUCGUUGCCGUUAGUGAAGUGGUCUCCAGCUGAUGUUGGCCAGCGCCGCUGAUGGUUCAGACCAGACCCGGUCCACCUGUGACCUCUAUGCAUACGAGCUGUGGGAGGGUCUGGCUUUCCUUGCUCCACCUGCAGACCAACAUGCCCCAUAGGAUGCUGUCGUGGUUCCACAGAAAGCCAUACGUUAACCUAAACUGGUCCAGUCUGGAUCCAGUCUCUGACCAGAACCGUAGUGGUGUCGGAGUGGUACCGCCACCUGUCUGGUUUGUACAUUACGAGCCGCGGAUACAAUCAUAAACGGGAAGCUUUGGCUUCAGGUCUGAUUUAGUGACGUGUUUUUUAAAACCACAGGAUGAUUAGAGCUCCAGUUGUUCUGCUGGGCGGUAAGGUGAGGAAACGGGUGUGAUGUCCACAAGCCAACAGUGUUUAACCUGAUGCUUCCGUGAUGGGUCAGAACCAGAACUGCUACAAGCGCUCAUGUUCUACUGUAAUAAGCACAACGCAGCGUGUGGUGUCAUCUCUCCUGAUGGACCCAGAACCUCACCAGGCCCGUGCCGUGGGAGACCAGCAGAACCAUCGAGGAGUUUCCAGAUGUUCUAGAAGGGUUCUCACUUCUUCUCUAUAAUCUCAGAACUUCCCUCACAUGUUGCUGGAAAUCGUUUAGGAGUCGAACUAAAAAAAGCCAAGUUUAGUUUCUGAGAAUCGAAGUUCAAAGAUACGAGACGGGUUUGGGAGGAGUUGGAGACAUAAGACCUUACCGUAACUGUUAAUCCUGAUGUACCUUCCCUUUAGUCUCCCAGCAGUCACCGCCCAGUGGGGUUCUGGUCUCAGACCCAGUUGGACAGGAAGUUUGAUCCUGUUAGAAGGAUAUGCGGUUUCUGAUCCAUUCGGACAUGAAGAAUGUUAAGAAGCACACAAUACAAAGCCAUUCCUGUCUGCCGUUACUGCAAAGUGAAGUACUAAAACUCUAACCUGUAAUCCUGAUCAGAGGUUCUGGUCCCUCCCGUCAGGUCCAACUCAGACACUUGACGUUUGGGCCUCUCUGGUACCAGAGCGAGUGCAGAAGUGAGCCUGUGUUGAUACUGUGAAGCCUCCUGCCCCACCCCCACCCCCAUUAAACACAGGUUAAUCUCUAUAAUCCAAGCGCGUGUGUAAUCAGACUUCCUGUAAACGUUAGACUUUCUGAAUGUUUCUGCUUCCUGCUCCACCAAUCAGAGCUCACCUGUAGGCGUCAGGACCAAAGCAUCAUCAUACGCUCUUUUUCUUCUUCCUUUGCCAAAGCUCCCGUUCCUGUCCGUCACUCAGCUGUCAGACCGAAGUGACGGAGGGGUUGUGUUGCAGCCUGGUUCCAGAACCGCCUACAGACCCGUUUAGUUUCUCCGCAAAGCAUGUAAAUAACCUAGUCUAGAGGAGUUCAGUUGGUUUUCAUGAUAUUUAUUUUAGAUGCUUUGUUUGUUCAUUAUUUUGCUUUGCUUGUUUGUUAAUUAGCAUGUUUUUCUGUUUGCUUUUUGAUGCCUUCAUGUUUUGACACUAAAUAUUUCAGAGAGCGCCGUGAUGACGAGGAGCCGGUGGAGGGAGUGGACCCAGAGAGUAGAACCCGUUUUGAUACACUAUACAGUCACAGCUGUGCUUUUUCUAACAUUUUAACAGUGAAUGAUUACAUGAUUACAGUACUUUGUAUAUCUUUAUUGCAAUAAAUAAAUAAAUCAAGUGAAAUCUGCUCGUUUUCAGGC